CUUCCUUAGUUUAAAAGUUAUUCUAUAGGAACGAAUCUUUGUUGCGAGUUUUUUCUCGUUUUUGUUUUUUUUUUUGUUUGGUUUAGUAACAAGAUGUAAGAUCAAAAACGUGAACCAUCAGAAGUUUGGGAGAUUGCGUUCCUUUUCCCCGCCAUCUGGUUGCAUUCAAAAUAAGAAGACGCCCAAUCUACCGCCGUGACAACAGUUUUGGUUUAACAUUCUUACCAUGUAAAUGCUAUAACUCUAAGUAACCUUAUUAAAGUGCUCGUAUGUAGAUUGAAAUAUACAUUUCAAUACUAAAGUAACACCAUUUUGUGGUAUUCCAAAAGUUUUAAACACCAGAGGAAUGUGGUCUUCGAAAGCAAUGUCCCAGUGCAAGUGUGUAUGCAGAGAAUCCUGCAAGCAUCUAUUUAUUUGUUAUUGUGUAUGUGUUUGUGCGUGUUAAACUUAAAAAAACCCCACUAAAUUAUGUAACAGGCCAUAUCACUAAUAACGUCACUUUGGAGAUGGUGUCUGUGGGUCGUGAAGCUUGCACUCAUUAAUAACACCCUUGGCACUCCCCCACAGGGGCCAGAGCCGGGCCCGACUCCAGACCAUGCAGAAGCGCGCCAGGAACCUCCCUCCUGGCCUGAGGGACGUCCAGUGGACCGAGGGCGCUGCAUUUAAAGCGUCCGUAGUCCACUCUCCAAAGGCUCAGGACGGCUUUACUUCCUCUCCGGAGAGGUAGUGUUGCGUUACCACUCCCCACCGCCCAGGGAGUUGUCCGGUCGGGACGUAGCGGGGACGAAACGGUCGCCUAGGGGCGGUUUUCUCAGGGCCACGUCUUUUUAAUCAUUGGCAAGGGUUUGGGCGGCCACCCAUUUCUUCAUACCCAUCAACGGCAACAGUAAUCAUGUUAGUGCGAGACUUCCGUUGCGUUGGAAGGUCAUGCAAGUGGGCCAUGUCACUCAAAUCUCUCAUUACACUUACAUUUUGCUUUAUUUAAUUAAUUCAGGUUAAUUACAUUUUUAAGUUGUUGAUUAUGUUGGUAAAAUUGUAUGUACAGUGCGGUGAGCCCAGCUGUAGGCUGGGGCACCACACUCUAUAAAACCACUUAUAAUAACGAUAAUAAUAACAUGCAAAGAUAACACAACCAUUUUUAGUAAAAAAAUUAUGGGUUAUAAUCUAAAGGUAAAAGUCUAAAACAGUGCUCCCCAUCCUCUUUCCCCCACGGCACGCCUAGACCCUUCCCAAAUUUCCACGGCACACCUAGACCCUUCCCAAAUUUCCACGGCACACCUAGACCAUUCUCAAAUUUCCACGGCACACCUAGACCAUUCUCAAAUGUCCACGGCACACCUAGACCAUUCUCAAAUUUCCACGGCACACCUAGACCAUUCCCAAAAUUCCACGGCACACCUAGACCAUUCCCAAAUUUCCACGGCACACCUAGACCAUUCUCAAAUUUCCACGGCACACCUAGACUAUUCUCAAAUUUCCUCGGCACACCUAGAUCCUUGCUAGAUUUUGGCGGUACACUCAGACUCCAGGGUUACCACACAUUAGGAAAUUUCACAAGAUCUUGCGAAUUCGCGACCUCCAUUGUGAUCUGGGGAAAAAUUUUGCAAAUCAGGCAAAGCCUUGGGAAAUCUUAACAGGGGACAGAUUUUUUUUUUACAUAUUUGUAAAAAACGAAGACAAUAUAUGUGAUACAAAUUAACUAGGAAAAACGUUAAUUGUUUUAAUUCUUUUAUGCAUAAUGAAUGGUUUUACUUUUUAAAACCACUCAUAAAUGUGAAUGAAAUCUUGGGAAAUUAAAGUUAAUAUUGUGCGGUCUUUAAAAAGGUAAUAACUAAAGAAAUUCAAUUUUUUUUUCUUUUUCUUAACGUUGAAGUUUUACAAAUAACAUCCAUGUGUUGAAUGAUGAUCCAAUUGACCUUGCUCACCAAUGUACAGGGCAGUCUCAACAAUAAAAGAAACUGAUCAUACAUCUUAAAAUCUCAAAGGAAAUCAAUAUAGAAUAUUAAUAUUAUAGGCUAUUUAUUGAUAUUUUGCAUUAUAAAUUAAUAUUAAAUUAUUUUAUUUUUUUCAAAAACAAUUUUUUUUAUUUCUUUUAUGUAAUAAACAUUUUUUUAAAUGUCUUAUUAAAUAAAUUUGGGUCAAUUAUUGUACCAUUGUUUAAGAGGCAAUAGCUCCAGCUAUUAUUGCAUUAUUUACAUAAAAAAACCUCUUUUAAAAAAAAACAACAACACACAACUAUAUUUAUGAUCGUGGGAAAUCUCGGGAGAUGUUUUAACCAAAUCUUGGCAAUUUAAAAAAAAAAUUGAGUGACAGAACUACUAGACUCUUCCCAGGUAAUAGCGGCAACUAGACACUUCCCAGAUUUGCUCGACAGACCUAGACCCUUCCCAGAUUUGCUCGACAGACCUAGACCCUUCCCAGAUUUGCUCGACAGACCUAGACCCUUACCAGAUUUGCUCGACAGACCUAGACCAUUCCCAGAGGUUCUCGACAGACCUAGACCCUUCUCAGAUUUGCUCGACAGACCUAGACCAUUCCCAGAUUUGUUUAUGUUACUUGUUUGAAAUAAAAACAUUGAAACCCUAACAAACGCAAAAAUAAGGACACUAUGUUCAAAACGACCUCUUCAUUUUCUUCACUUUAUUACUCAACAUCUUGUAUUUAUGUUUGUAUCCAUGUUUGUAUCCAUGCUUGUAUCCAUGCUUGUAUCCAUGUUUGUAUCCAUGCUUGUAUCCGGCGUGAAAGGUGUGCGAUCAAAGGGCAAUGGCAAAUAGACGUAAUUUACGCAUGGCUUCAGAAGCAUGGACUUGUUGAUUUUGUCAUGUGAGCCGCCAAAUUGAAACACACGUGUGUUGUGCUACAUCACUUCAAACGACUGACAAUAUGUUAUUUACCAUUUGUUUAAACACAUUUAUAGAGCCUGCUAAUUUUUUUCCCUUGAUAUUAUCCAUUAAUCUCUAUCAAAUACUAUUCCAAUCCCAGAGCCUCGUCCAUAUGUCUAAACUGAGAAGAUCGUGAAUGUGAAAAACACAGAUCAGUGGUUUGCCUUGUCGAUGUUCCUAAUCACACCAGGUGAGGUCUGUAUCUUUAAAUCAUUUAUGUUCCGUUUUUAACAUCCCCAAUCUAAUGUUGAAUAGAACAAUGUUGUCAUAAUUUUUAACAUCCUCAAUCUAAUGUUGAAUAUAACAAUGUUGUCAUAAUUUUUAACAUCCUCAAUCUAAUGUUGAAUAUAACAAUGUGGUCAUAAUUUUUAACAUCCCCAAUCUAAUGUUGAAUAUAACAAUGUUGUCAUAAUUUUUAACAUCCCCAAUCUAAUGUUGAAUAUAACAAUGUUGUCAUAAUUUUUAACAUCCCCAAUCUAAUGUUGAAUAUAACAAUGUUGUCAUAAUUUUUAACAUCCCCAAUCUAAUGUUGGUCAUAAUUUUUAACAUCCCCAAUCUAAUGUUGAAUAUAACAAUGUUGUCAUAAUUUUUAACAUCCCCAAUCUAAUGUUGAAUAUAACAAUGUUGUCAUAAUUUUUAACAUCCCCAAUCUAAUGUUGAAUAUAACAAUGUUGUCAUGAUUUUUAACAUCCUCAAUCUAAUGUUGAAUAUAACAAUGUUGUCAUAAUUUUAAACAUCCCCAAUCUAAUGUUGAAUAUAACAAUGUUGCCAUAAUUUUUAACAUCCUCAAUCUAAUGUUUAAUAUAACAAUGUUGUCAUAAUUUUUAACAUCCCCAAUCUAAUGUUGAAUAUAACAAUGUUGUCAUAAUUUUUAACAUCCCCAAUCUCAUGUUGAAUAUAACAAUGUUGUCAUAAUUUUUAACAUCCCCAAUCUAAUGUUGAAUAUAACAAUGUUGUCAUGAUUUUUAACAUCCCCAAUCUAAUGUUGAAUAUAACAAUGUUGUCAUAAUUUUUAACAUCCCCAAUCUAAUGUUGAAUAUAACAAAGUUGUCAUAAUUUUUAACAUCCUCAAUCUAAUGUUGAAUAGAACAAAGUUGUCAUAAUUUUUAACAUCCUCAAUCUAAUGUUUAAUAUAACAAUGUUGUCAUAAUUUUUAACAUCCCCAAUCUAAUGUUAAAUAUAACAAUGUGGUCAUAAUUUUUAACAUCCCCAAUCUAAUGUUGAAUAUAACAAUGUUGUCAUAAUUUUUAACAUCCCCAAUCUAAUGUUGAAUAUAACAAUGUUGUCAUAAUUUUUAACAUCCCCAAUCUAAUGUUGAAUUUAACAAUGUUGUCAUAAUUUUUAACAUCCCCAAUCUAAUGUUGAAUAUAACAAUGUUGUCAUAAUUUUUAACAUCCCCAAUCUAAUGUUGAAUAUAACAAUGUUGUCAUAUUAUUUAACAUCCUCAAUCUAAUGUUGAAUAUAACAAUGUUGUCAUAAUUUUUAGCAUCCCCAAUCUAAUGUUGAAUAUAACAAUGUUGUCAUAAUUUUUAACAUCCUCAAUCUAAUGUUUAAUAUAACAAUGUUGUCAUAAUUUUUAACAUCCCCAUUUAAUGUUGAAUAUAACAAUGUUGUCAUGAUUUUUAAAAUCCUCAAUCUAAUGUUGAAUAUAACAAUGUUGUCAUAAUUUUUAACAUCCCCAAUUUAAUGUUGAAUAUAACAAUGUUGUCAUAAUUUUAACAUCCCCAAUCUAAUGUUGAAUAUAACAAUGUUGUCAUAAUUUUUAACAUCCCCAAUCUAAUGUUGAAUAUAACAAUGUUGUCAUAAUUUUUAAAAUCCUCAAUCUCAUGUUGAUUAUAGUAAUGUUGUCAUAACUUAUAACAUCUUCAAUAUAAUGUUGAUUAUAGUAAUGUUGUCAUAUUUCUACCAUCCUCUAUCUAAUGUUAAAUACAUGAAUACUUUUGAUUUCACGUAUUUGAUAACUCUAAAUCUCCUUGCAAGUAUUUCUACUCACUCAUAAACGUAGCUAUCCUGUUCUUGAAAUCUUCUUUUUUUUUUUUAAAUGACGAUUUCGUUUAGCUCCGAUAGACUUAACUGAUAAACAAAUAAUUUAAUGACGAACUUAAAAUAAAAAAAAACAAAUUAGAAUUAUAUCUUUAUGCAUUUUUUACAAAUUUUGACAGGAUGAUUUAGGGGUAUCAUUUCUCUGACUGACAUCAAACUUCUCAGCAAAAUGCUUGAAAAUGCCGGAACCCAUCGUGUUGUCCUACUGGUUCUAGUAGUGAGUUACCUAACAGGUCAGACUUUUAUGUUGUCCUACUGCUUCUAGUAGUGGGUUACCUAACAGGUAAGACUUUCAUGCUGUCCUACUGCUUCUAGCAGUGGGUUACCUAACAGGUAAGACUUUCAUGUUGUCCUACUGCUUCUAGUAGUGGGUUAUCUAACAGGUAAGACUUUCAUGUUGUCCUACUGCUUCUAGUAGUGGGUUACCUAACAGGUAAGACCUUCGUGCACUUUGUGCAAGCACAGUGUCAGACCGAACGGGUGUCUUUGGGUUUAGGCGGCGCCACGCGCAGCCCGAUCAUGCGGACUCGGGUGGGGGGGCUGUCCUGGCAAGGGGGGGGGCACCUCCAAUGUGCCGCUUCGCGACCCAAGCUCGACAUCCCCGAUAACGCCAGUUCUUAAUGGGAUAUUUCAGUAGGUUUUUAAAGAAACAAAAGUUUAUUUAUUUACUUCUUGCCACUUAUGGUUAAAAGUAUUUUCGACAGUGAGAUAAACUUACUGAUUCCUGUUCAAUGGUUUUGGAUAUAUUAAAAAAAAAUGUCUGGACUGCUCUUAAUGUUUUUGUAAAAAACACUUCAACUGCUUUCUUAAAAUAUGUGUUAGUAAGAGGAUCAUGCGAGGAAAAAUUAGGAGCUGUUGAUAUAUUACCAAAAAGUAUUAAAAUUUCCCGCAGAAAUAGCAAAUUGCACUCAUCAAAAUGGUCUGACGUUUUUCGUUUGUCCCACGCAGUGUGCAGCGGUUGGAUUGAUCCAAGCAGACUCUUUUUGGACCUGGCCAUGUACAAAGCCAGUUGCGGAUAUGGAAUGGUUGCAGGGAAAGACCAUUUCGAAGUAAACGGUCUUAUAAACAUUACUAACAUGCCAUACGGUUUUAUAGCAAAGUUUGCCCUCUAUUAUCGGGAUCUUGGCUCCGAUAAAAGCUAUAUGGUAAGUAACUCAUUAGUACAAACAUUUUAACAACAUGUUCAAUUAUGUUAUUCUGAAGUGGCAUCUCCUACACAUACACAUUUUGUAGACAACUUUCCAUCUUUAUGAGGCAAUGGAGUAGCUUAUUGACCCAAUUCUUAGAUAGCUAAGAGACAAUGGAGAAGCUUAUUGACCCAUUCUCAGAUAGCUAUGAGACAAUGGAGAAGCUUAUUGACCCAUUCUCAGAUAGCUAUGAGGCAAUGGAGUAGCUUAUUGACCCAUUCUCAGAUAGCUAUGAGGCAAUGGAGUAGCUUAUUGACCCAUUCUCAGAUAGCUAUGAGGCAAUGAAGUAGCUUAUUGACCCAUUCUCAGACAGCUAUGAGGCUAUAGUACAAGGGUCCAGCCGUGAUCCACUCUACGCGCAAAACCCGAUCAUCUGUCAUUAUCGCCACGUCUUAUCUCUUGCUAAGUGGUAGAGAUAAACAUUUCUUCUAGAACUUUGUGCAGAAACGCUUGAGACUUUCUUGUUCAUAUGAAACAACUUAUGAGUACCCCUAGCCCGAUGGAAGAAUAAUUUUAAACUUUAUUAAAGAAAUCCUAUGAAAAUAAUAAUUUCCGAAAGGAAGAUCCCUAACACAGGUUUGAGAACUACAUUUUAAAAAAAAACAUUAACUUAUUGACAUCAAUUAUCACUAUUUUAAUCAAUUUAAUAUUAUUUGAAAAUAUUCGAUAUUUAACUUAUUUUUAAACUUCAUUAAAAAAAAUUAAAUGAAAUAAAAUGACCAUUUGGAAUACAAGGGUUUAUUUUGUAAUUAAUCCCCCCCCCUUCUCUCUACCACCCCCCCCGCACACACACACACCUAAGUGAAACUGUUCUCUGUUCAUACUACUUUAAAAUUAUUUGAUAACAACUUUAAAUUAAUUUUCAAUUGAAAAGCCAACAGCCAAAGUAUUCAUUAGAUGGUUUUUGUUCUAUUCAGGCUCACGAUAAUCUCUCCCCCCCCCCGGGCGCCAAUACGUUUUCGAUGUACAAUGAACAUAUGCACCAACGCGUUUACAAUAUAUCAAUCUUUCGGAUUUAGCCGAAAGUCUCUUUAACUUUUUUUUACCGACUUCGGUUUGAGCCGAAAGUAAUUUUUACUUUUUAUUCUGGUUUCGUUUUCAGCCGAAAUAAAAAAAAAAAAAAAAAAAAAAAAAAUUACUUACGGUCGGUGUCUAUUUGGAUACCAUGGUAGUAUGAAAGACAUAAUACUGAUAGGUGAUGAGGGGUGAAAGGAAAAGUAGAUUUAGAAUUCCGGAUUACAGUUCUAAUCUUAAAGACAAAUGAAUUACGAGAUUAUCCAAGAUAAAAUAAAAAUUAAAUUCUUUAGAAAAAAUAACAGAACAUUGCUUCAUCCUCCAUGUUUUAAUCAUUUAUUCUCAAACUAAAUGUGUUUAGAUUAAAGAAACACUCUAUUCGCUGUACCAUAGUAAGUGUAAUGAGACGGCUGUCAUUACGAUCGGCUCCUGCCAAUGCACGUUCCUGGAUUUGCACUUUAUCAAGUUCAAGUGUAGGCUUAUGGCAAGAACUGUUUACAGCCGAUCAGAUAUAAUGUUGAUCUUUUAUGCUGGGGCCCGGUUUUUCAGUCCUAGUUUUAGAAUGCCCCCUGUAUACGGUAAGUCAUUUGUUUUAUAAGUUCUCAUAGAAUAACGUAUUAUGGGAGUAGAAAUGGUUCGGUUUUGAAAGUGCAACAUUAAAUCUUGAAAUUGGCACAGGCUAAGGUACAUACUGGUAUUUGUGGUCUGAUAAGUAAGAUAUCAUGAGGGAAUAUCUGUGGUCUGAUAAGUCAGAUAUCAUGAGGGAAUAGUCUAAAUAAUUAAUGUCUUUUUUUUUCUUAAAGAAUUUAUUGCUACUAACAGUUCCAUCUCGUGGUGCGUUAUAUGUUUGUUUGCACGCGACAUUUUAGGAUUAAGUCUUUCUGGUGCCGUGUUCACGUGGUGAACGGCUGGAAACUUAAUACUGGAUCUACGGUGUCGGGUUGGCACUGUCGGUCAUGUUAUCGUGGUUGUCCGCGUUUACUACGUCGAGUAAGCGGGUUGGUGGGUGAGCCUAGAUCUUCUUUUCAGUCUUAAGCCUGAUUAAAGAUUCAAGUCACUUUAACGGUAUUGUGGGCAUUCAAUGUAUACAAAGUUAAUAACUCUUAAUUUUUUCAAUAAUUUAAAUAUUACAAUUUCAAUGCUAAUGUUCAAAAUUAAAAAUUAGUCAAAAAGACAUGUUAUAAUUUUUAAUUUGAAAAAAAUGCAUCUUUCAAAUGUUUUAAAAAAAUUAUUCAUUUAUCAUAUUCAUUAUAUAUCAUAUAAAUAUAGAAAUAUAUAUAUAUAUAUAUAUAUAUGUAUAUAGAUAUAUAAACAUAUAUAUAUAUAUAUAUAUAAAAGUGAAAGUUUGUUUGUAUGUGGGUGUGUUCCACAUAAGUUUUUACAUAGAUUUAAGGAUCAUGACCAAACUUGGUCACUAUAUCUAUCAUUAUCUGGAAGGAACUCUUAAAGGGUCAUGAACUUUUUAUAACAUUCCGUUUGGGGCCGGAGGCCUUAAAUUGGAUUUUCCCCCUUAUAUGAGCUUUAUAAAUAAAAUGACCAUCAAAUACUCCUACAUGAAUUGAUGGAUCAUGAAGAAGCCUAGUACACAUGCACUUGGCUAUCCAUAUUCAAAUACCGAAGAGAACUGAACUCAAAACAUCCACUCCUUUGGGGCCGGGGGGGGGGGGCUUUUCAUUGUUCCUUAUAUAAGUUAUAUACAUAGCUAAUGGCUUAGACUAUACUAUAAGUUCAAUGUGAAUUGAUGGGAAAAAAAACAAGCUUGGUAGCAAAAUAUCUCAUAAUUCCUUAUUGAACUAUCGUUUUUUUUAUUGGGGGGGGGGGGGGGGGGGCUUUUCAUUGUUCCUUAUAUAAGUUAUAUACAUAGCUAAUGGCUUAGACUAUACUAUAAGUUCAAUGUGAAUUGAUGGGAAAAAAGACAAGCUUGGUAGCAAAAUAUCUCAUAAUUCCUUAUUGAACUAUCGUUUGUGUUAAAAUUAACAAUAUCCUAUCCAAUCCGACUUGGUCUAGACCAGUGAUUCUUAAUGUAGACGAUACGCCCCUUGGGUGGGGGGUGCAUGAAGGAUCCAGAGAGCGAUAGUAGCAUCGGGUACAUUUGGGGGGCAUUAAUUAAGGGGUCACUGAAAUCAAAAAGAUGUUAGAGCAGAGCCGUUCUUAGGAGUUUGGGGGCCCUAAGCAUGGCUCGUAGGUUGGGGGACCCGGAAGAGGGGGGGGGCCGGGUGUGGAGCUCCCUCGAGCUGAGGAGAAAACACACCGUCCACCUCGGCCCCUCCAUUCACGGGGGCCCCCUCACGUUCGGGGCCUUACGCGGAUACCUAGUCAGCGUAUCCCUAAGAACGGGCCUGGUAAGAGUAGAUGAGAAACAAUAAAAACCCGUUCGUAUAUACUUCAUCCUUCUCAUUUGGAUUAGGUUUAAUGUUAUUCGUAAUUUUUAUUUCAAUUAUUUGGAUUUGUAAUAAAUAAUUUUAUAAUUUCAAGCUUCAAAGUGUUUUAUUUAUAAAAUUUUUCUUUACUGUAUUUUAGGACCGUAGAUAGAAAUAUAGAUACAGAUAUCAGAUAUUUAAAUUUUAACUCCAGUAUUUAUCAUAUGGGACCCCACAUUUCAGGCACAUCGGUAACGGGAUCCCACCGGCAAAAGACAUACUACCAGGAAGGGGAUCCCAUCUGAAAAGGGAUCCGAUCGGGUAACGAGAUCAUAAUCGGGGAACAGGAUCCCAAAAGGGGCAUGAUCCCACCGACAACGGGAUCUUAUCAUGAUCGGAAUCCACAAGGAUCGAGAAGAGAGAAAGAUGAUGAAAGAAGACAUGUGGUGGUAGUAAGUGGAAGAGAGAAAGAUGAUGAAAGAAGACAUGUGGUGGUAGUAAGUGGAAGAGAGAAAGAUGAUGAAAGAAGACAUGUGGUGGUAGUAAGUGGAAGAGAGAAAGAUGAUGAAAGAAGACACGUGGUGGUAGUAAGUUGAAGAGAGAAAGAUGAUGAAAGAAGACAUGUGGUGGUAGUAAGUGGAAGAGAGAAAGAUGAUGAAAGAAGACAUGUGGUGGUAGUAAGUGGAAGAGAGAAAGAUGAUGAAAGAAGACACGUGGUGGUAGUAAGUUGAAGAGAGAAAGAUGAUGAAAGAAGACAUGUGGUGGUAGUAAGUGGAAGAGAGAAAGAUGAUGAAAGAAGACACGUGGUGGUAGUAAGUUGAAGAGAGAAAGAUGAUGAAAGAAGACAUGUGGUGGUAGAAAGUGGAAGAGAGAAAGAUGAUGAAAGAAGACACGUGGUGGUAGUAAGUGGAAGAGAGAAAGAUGAUGAAAGAAGACACGUGGUGGUAGUAAGUUGAAGAGAGAAAGAUGAUGAAAGAAGACAUGUGGUGGUAGAAAGUGGAAGAGAGAAAGAUGAUGAAAGAAGACACGUGGUGGUAGUAAGUGGAAGAGAGAAAGAUGAUGAAAGAAGACACGUGGUGGUAGUAAGUGGAAGAGAGAAAGAUGAUGAAAGAAGACUCUUGGUGGUAGUAAGUGGAAGAGAGAAAGAUGAUGAAAGAAGACUCUUGGUGGUAGUAAGUGGAAGAGAGAAAGAUGAUGAAAGAAGACACGUGGUGGUAGUAAGUUGAAGAGAGAAAGAUAAUGAAAGAAGACAUGUGGUGGUAGUAAGUGGAAGAGAGAAAGAUGAUGAAAGAAGACAUGUGGUGGUAGUAAGUGGAAGAGAGAAAGAUGAUGAAAGAUGACACGUGGUGGUAGUAAGUUGAAGAGAGAAAGAUGAUGAAAGAAGACAUGUGGUGGUAGUAAGUGGAAGAGAGAGCGAUGAUGAAAGAAGACACGUGGAGGUAGUAAGUUGAAGAGAGAAGGAUGAUGAAAGAAGACAUGUGGUGGUAGUAAGUGGAAGAGAGAAACAUGAUGAAAGAAGACACGUUUUGGUAGUAAGUGGAAGAGAGAAACAUGAUGAAAGAAGACACGUGGAGGUAAUAAGUUGAAGAGAGAAAGAUGAUGAAAGAAGACAUGUGGUGGUAGUAAGUGGAAGAGAGAAAGAUGAUGAAAGAAGACACGUGGUGGUAGUAAGUUGAAGAGAGAAAGAUGAUGAAAGAAGACAUGUGGUGGUAGUAAGUGGAAGAGAGAAAGAUGAUGAAAGAAGACAUGUGGUGGUAGUAAGUGGAAGAGAGAAAGAUGAUGAAAGAAGACACGUGGUGGUAGUAAGUGGAAGAGAGAAAGAUGAUGAAAGAAGACAUGUGGUGGUAGUAAGUGGAAGAGAGAAAGAUGAUGAAAGAAGACACGUUGUGGUAGUAAGUGGAAGAGAGAAAGGGGAUACAAGUAGAAGCCUUUUGGUAGUAAGUGGCAGAGAGAAAGGAUAUACAAGUAGAAGCGUUUUGGUAGUAAGUGGCAGAGAGAAAGGGGAUACAAGUAGAAGCGUUUUGAUAGUAAGUUGAAUGGAGAAAUUGGAUGAAAGAAUACAAACUGUUUUUCCAAAAUAGAACAAUGUGAAAUAUUGUUGAUAGAUUUGUUUAAUAAUUAUCCCUAGAAUGCGAGGCUCUUGAAAUACUUAUCUCAGUUAGCAUUUAUAACAGGGAUCCCAACAGGGCAUGGGGCCCACUGGAGAUCGGUAUCUGAACGGGAAACGGGUUCGAUUUAGGAUCGUAUUUUAUAAUGUGUUUUUAGGAAAGAGAAAAUUUAAAACAUUAAUUUUUUCCUGCGAAAUAUGUUGGUUUUUUUUUUACAGGCCCCUACAUUUCGAUGUUAGGUUUAAGGCUGUAGAAAUGUUGUGGUUUUUUUCCGAAUGCAAUCCCAGAUCGAGGCCAAGCGAUUUGGCCAGCAUAUCUAUAAAAGUGAAGGUUUGUUUGUAGCUUUGUUUGGCCAUCUUUUAAUAUAGCCUGGUCACUGUAUUGCCAUAUAGCUUGUUUGGCGUAAUGUCAGAAUUAUCUUUAAAUCUUAUUUCAUAAUAUCUAAGGAGACUCAUUGAAAGUUAAUAAACGAUCAUAAACAUUAGAAAGAUAUUUAUAUCAACUAAAACGUUUGAAGAAGAAAAUCGAGUCUUCUAGAAUAAUCUGGAGACUUCAUCAAUUGUCAUAAAAUUGUAAUUCUCUGAUACAGAGAAAUUUCACAGUAAUAAAUAGAAAUCUAUGGAACUCAAUUAAAAUUUCCAUAAGCUUUAUGUCCCGAUAAAACAAUAAGUUCACACAGAAAAAUAUAUAACUUUCUGGAAAAAAAUAUAUUUAAUUUUGUAUUACCCCCCCCCCAAAAAAAAAUAAAAAAAAAUAAAUAAAUAAAAUCGCACACACACAGACACACCAUAGACGCAUGACAAAUGGCUCUCCCACGUGAUCAUUUUACGAAUACAAAAAAAGCUCUACAACUAAAUGCUUUAACUAUACGAAGUGGCUAUAGGUACCCGAGUACCCAUCAUCGCCAAUGACUAUUCGCACCCAAAAGUCUUAGUAAUCGAAAAAAAACAUGAUCCGAACGAGAGGCUUAAUAAUCAACAAGUUUGCCGCGCUUUCUUUUAUAAAAAUGGAGGUUGGCAGCAAUUUUGACACCUAUGCGUCUUUUUAAGACGAAUUGAAUUAUUUUUGUAAAGAACACAAUGUGUGUUUCACUAAAAGAUCGUCAGAGAAGAUGAAAGAUCCCAAUUUGGAACACCUUAAAUAUGAAUAUAAUUCACUGUUGCAAACAAGGCGUUAAACGCAAGUCAAAGUCUUCAACGACAACAGGCCAAAGAAAAUCACAAGCGUAAGUAAUAAAGUAAUAAUAAUAGGUUAACUUUAAAUUUAGUUGGUCUUGUCAUGUAAUAAUUAUUUCUCCAAGCCAAUGAUUAUUACCACGGUAAAUGUAGAGGACGAAUGCCACUAUUUUAUCAAUGGCCGCGACUAAUGUAUCCCUAAAUCGAUCACUAUGCUAUGCCUAUGCCGAUGCCUAGCCUGAACCCUUAAUCGACCUCUCAAGCUAACCUGAACCCUAAUUCACUGCAACUAUAAUAAAGAAGCAAAUGACGCCGUGGCAUUCGUUAAAUACAUUAGCCCUUACCACUUUUUGCAAUUCGUUGAGAAUUUUUAUACUUUUCAGUUCUUUCAAAUUGGGAUGCCAGGCAAAGAUAAAGCUUGUUGCCAAGAGAAAUCCGUCUCGGCUAGAAAUUCCCAAAUCAAUGCAUGAACAUCCUGGCCAUGAAGUAUCAAAAGAUGUAAGUGCAUGUGCUGCGAAAAAUAUUUACAUAAUAAUAAUAAUAAAUAGCUUAUUCUUGUGGCAGGUUGUUGUCACCUACAGGUACUCUAGUACUAUAGAGGUUAGAUGGAUGCAUUUUAAAAGAAUGUUUUGUACCAUGCAUUAACCCAUUCAAUCUAGGGCGCUCAGAAAUUUUAUCACUGAAAACUUUUGGUUAAGGUUAGGGUUACCACCCUUACCAUAGAAAGGUUUUGAAAAAAAUUAAGACAAAUCUAUUUAACAGUAUAAUUAAAUUUAAUAAAUUCUAAAUAGUCCAAACAGAGUUUUAUAUCUUAAUUUUGAUUAUUGUGACAUAUAAUAAACAAAACAUUUAUCCCCAAGGUGAAGGUUAGUUAUUUUUAUGUACACAGCGGUGAGCCCAGCCCUAGGCUGGGGUACCGCACUAUAUAAGACCAAUGUUCCCUCUAAGGUUUGUUGUUUUGUGUGCAAAAUCAUACAGUUAUGUGCAAAGUUUUACAGCAUCAAUUUUUUUGUGUGCAAAAUUUUACAGUCCAGAAACACAAACAAACACUUAGAAUGAAAUUUGCUGUGCUGAUACUCAAAACUGCUGCGCAGCGCCUGUGAGAUGGCUGCACGGCAGCGCAGCUUAUAGGGAACCUUUUAUAAGACCACUAAUAAUAAUAAUGUUUGCAGAGCAUAUUUUUUUUACAUAAUACUUAUUAUUGCAAAGUAACCUUUGUGUAUUUUUUUUCCAGAUGUGCCGCUUGUAUCCGGAAAACCGCAAGGUGGAACUAAAUGCGGCAACGCUUCUGUUGAUGUCCUGCACCACGAUUCAGGCAUCUGAGGCCCGGCAAGUGCUUGAACAACAGCAUGAUGUGGAUUUGCUUCCCAGGGACAUUUACAAUAUUAAGUCAAGAAUAAAUAAAUCAUCUUCUGAUGCAACUGAAACUCAAUCUAUACUUCAUUCUAUAUCACAAGCUGGUGGAAGUGUGUCCUAUGGACUAACAGAAAGUGGGGAAUUUAAGUAUUUAUCAUACAUGACUGAUGAUAUGAUUAGAAUUAUUGCCCAAUAUCCAGAGGUUUUAUUAAUGGAUUUCACAUAUAAAACCAAUAAAUAUUUAUAUCCACUUUUGACUGUCAUGGUUAUUGAUGGAGAGGGCAGGGGCAUUCCUGUUCUUCAUGAUUUUGUAAAAAAUGAAGAUAAGGAAUCUAUUUCUCUUUGUUUGCAGCUUCUUCUGAAGAAUUCUGAUGCCAGUCUUUUCAAGUGCUUUGUGGUUGACAAAGACAUGGCUGAAAUCUCUGCUAUAAAUGAUCUCUUUCCAAAUGUACCUGUUAAUCUAUGUCAUUUUCACAUUAACCAGGCUGUGCACAGGUUUCUUUCGAAACAUGUAGGUCCUGAGCAUGUUAAGCCAAUUCUUGAAGGAUUUAUGUCUCAAGUUUAUACUGAGUCGUGUGAUGAAUUUUUAAAGUUAAUGCAAGACAUGAAAGAUACUCUUCCUGAUGUAGCUUUGGAGUAUUUUGAGUCAAACUGGUGGAGUAAGGCCCAUUUAUGGGCCGCAUCAUCCAAUGCUGAUGUUUUAAGACUCCAUGCGACAACAAAUCACUUGGAGUCUUAUCAUGCCAAAAUAAAAAAGAGUUUGACUCAUUAUCUUUCUUUUUCAUCAGCUCAUAGUUUUGGAACUACAUAAUUGAAACUUUGCAUGCUUAUUUAUGUUGAGAUUCUUUACUUUAUGAUGGAUUGUUUUUAAACAAAUGUCUCAUAGGAAAAGUUUUCAGAGAAUGUUUGUAUUUAUGCAUUUUAUUUAAUAGGUUCGUGUGUUAAUUUUUUUUCCUAUCUUUUCUGUCUUAGUUUUCGAAUUGUUUUUUAAAUCAUGAAGGAUAUAUGUACAUGGUGUAUGCAUCCUAUAUCGUUCAUGCAGCCUCUAAUUUAAAAAAACACAAUUUUAUUUAUUUAUUUUUUUUCAUUUUUCUCAAUUUUGCAUUUUCCUGAUUUUUUAAGGAACGCCAAAUGAAUCGGGAGGAAAAGUAUUCUAGCUACAGCCUUCAAACAUUGCAAGCUUCUUUUCAUUGAUAUUCUUUACGAAAUUCAAGAUUUUUUUUUAUAUAUAUAUAUCCAACUAGAAAGUUUUAUAACAUUUUUACAUUUGCUACCCCUGAAGAGUUCUCAAAUAUUUAUGUGACCCCCCACAUACAUGCCAUUUGUAACAAUUCCAAUAACUGCUGUGUAAUAAUCUUCUUUAAACUUUUUGUCAAUGUUACUCUUAAUAUGUAUGCCAAGUUUCAUUUACAAUACAGUACAAUAAUUUACAAUACAAUGCAAUACAAAUUUGUUUUUAAUCAUUUUGCGUAAAGUCAAAAUUGGUAUUAAAUGUUUAAUUUUUUGCAAUAAAAGUCACAAAAAUUUUUUUUUAAAUUUAGUGGAUUUUUGUCUUUCUGUUUGUGUAUGGUUUGUAUGUACUGUAUUUUUUUCAAUGGCUCUAUUUAUUUAGGUUAUCAGUAUUUUAUUUUCAAUGUGGCAUGACUUAGUUGCCUUGAAACCAAACUCCCUUCACAGAUCACAUAUAUUUGCUCCCACUCAAUCAUUACGUCUGUACUUAAAUGAAGAAAUGAUACCGUACAAACAAUAGUUAACUGUACGGGUACCAACAAGGAAGGUGAGAAAGUAAAAGGAGACAAAUGGCAAAGGAAUGAUGUGACCUAAUUGAAUGAGUUCAAUGGCUGCCUACUCCAUACUGGCCCCUAAUUUAUUUUAUGGAUUACUUGAGUACACAACUCAAAUAACUAACAACCAAACAAAAAUGUUUGCAAGUCAGUUAAGGGUUUUUUUUCUAUUAAAUUAUGUACCAGUGUGUUAGACCCAGGAGACAGAUAUGGAAAAAAAAAAAAAGAAGACUAGUCCUCCAAAAAUAAGUCUCUUUCUCAUACUUUAUACAAUGGCAUCCUUUAACUUUAAGAUGUUCAUUGCAACUACCUUGUGAAUUAGGUCAAGUCAAAUUAGAAAGGUUGUUGAAAGGAGAUUCAAAAUAUCAGGAAAAACAGUCAGUGUCCGCAUUUAUGGCUCCCAGUGCCAAGGAAAAGGUUUAAAAUUGGUAGUUUUGCUCUGACUAAGCCAAGCUCUCUAGAGGAAUAGUUGAAAUUAAUUCAUUAUGAAUGAAAUUUUCAUUAUUAAGAAUACCUAAUUAAUUCAUAAAGUACUGUGUGAUUAAAUCUUUUAACUUAACAAUACACAUAAAUAAUCUUAAAUAAAGGAUUUAAUUUUAAUAAUUAAAUUAAUAUUAUUACUUUUCUAAAAUUCAAAUAAAAACAAUAAAUGUAUCUAAAUCAUCUUCAUUACUCGAUUUAAAAAAAAAAAAUUGAUCUCCGAAAAUGGCUUAAACUAAAAAAAAGAAAAUAAGAAAGAAAAAAAUCUACCGGUACUAAGAGAAAUUAACAUAGCAAAAAUAAAAAAAACAACUAAAAAUAAUAAAACUAUGAAUCAAUCAAAUAAACAAGGAGAAAAAACAAUUUCAAAAAAUAAUUCUCAUACUAUUAUUGUUAUCACAUCCGGCUUCGAAGCCAUUUAAUAUGUACGGAGCCACUCCGGGUGCGAAUUGUCAUUGGCGAUGAUAGGUACCCGGGUACCUAUAGAUUCAGCCUUAACUAUAAUCAUUUUUCGCUUAAAUUUAAAAGGAGGCCCAUUACAUAAGAUUCCGCUUUAGCUAUGCCUGAGAGGGCCUUAUAGAAAAUCUUUCAGAUACAUAAUGGAGUUAAAGUUUAAAAGUUUUACCAUUUUAAUCAGUUUUGAAAUGCCAGAGAUCUAAACUUUUAAAUGUUCGAUCUUUCUGGACAAUUUUGGACUUUAUCUGAAAGGAUUGGAUAUUAUUCAUUUUAGUCCACUGAUAUUUCUUUCUUAUAUCUAAUAUAUCUCCAAAAUUUUUUUUUCUUAAGAGAUAAGAUCAUAUUUUUACAGUAAAUAUUCAUAAAUUCUUUCAGUUCCUGUAAUCUUGAUUUUGUAAAAUCCAAAUUCCGGGAAUAAAAAUCGCGAUCAUUUAAAGUUUUUAUAUUGUGUCAAUUUUUGCGUUCUAUGUUCAUUUAUCUCGUCUGCUGAGGAAGGCUCUUAGCUGAAAAGUUUACAUCUUUUUUUGUCAUGUUUUUCGAUCCAAACUUCCACAAAACUUGUUCUACUAUUUCCUUCACAAAGCUUUAACGCAGUCCUUCAUGUUUUAUUAUUAAUGUCUUCAAGAUUGACCAGAGAUUUGAUAAAAACAAUAUCAUUUACUAGCGAGUGCCCAGCAUAAUUUGCAAUGGCACUCAAAAGAAGGAAGUGUUUGUGUUUUAAUUACGUUUUAAGUAAUUUGAUGUAGCCUAGCUCAGGGGUCGGCAACUUUUUCAGACGGAAGAGCCAAAAGUUACAAUUUACAAAAUUCCCCAGUUUGUAAAGAGCCACUAACAUUUUUAUUUCGAUAUAGUUAUUAAUAUUUGAGCAUGAAACUGGAGAGCCGCAUCUUGACAUCAAAAGAGCCGCAGGUUGAUGACCCUGGCCUAAGCUCAUUCUUAUGUACGACCUCCGCGUAGUAUACGCCGCGAGCUUGUUUGGGUGAGCGCAUGGCUGGCACGCGAGAUGUAGCCCAACUUCCCAUCUACUAAAGUUACUUGACAAAAACGUGAACCCAAGUUACGCACAUUUAAGAAUGCCAAUUUUGCUAUACCCCUUCCCCCGCCCCUUUUCAUGACACGCGACCCGCGGCUUAGCAGACGCCGCGAGCUUGGCUGGCAAGCAAGGGUAGUGCACGAGGGGGGGGGCGCUAGCUUCACCGCAGUACGCAUGUCUGGAGACCAACGCCGCGGCAAACCCUCCCCUCCCUUCUCUUGCCAGCUUCUGUGUUGCUCUGGCGUAUCUAUAUAUAGCCUGCGUGGUCUUGUUUGGCUUUUGCUGACGAAUAAUAUAUAUAGAUAUUUCAGUCAAGUAUUAAAAUUUAUUUAGGUAAAACAAUCGAAAUCGAAAUUUUCCGGCUGAUUUUGUCACAUGGAGGAAUUCGCAAAUAGUGGCGAUGUGUUACAUGCGUUUGUUGAGAUGAGAAAGAAUGAAGUCUGGUCCAACGCGGGUUACAGUUAUAAGGUGGGGGGGGGGUUAAAAUUGGCUCCCGUUUGAUCAUUGGGGGGGGGGUCAUGACCUAUGAAACACGUAGCUCAGACAUUAUAUAAGCCCUGUGAGUAAAAUCACUUAAGGAUGGUGUUUUGUGGACGUGGAAGGGAGGGUGGUACUGCUUUUGUACGGGUUACUGAAGCUUGGCCAACAAUAUCAAUUCAAGAGGGGAAAAAAAACCUUAUUAAAAAAGGGGAUUACGCUUAGGAAGCUCUCUUGACUUCAUCACGGUAGGAUCCAGCCUCAUUCCUUCCCAAUAUGACAAUUAAGACACAUCAUAAGAUCAUUGUAUCUUUCAGAAAGUCCAGAGUGCAUAGAACCAUCUAUUAGUCAAGGUAAUCAAAUAUUCUUUUUUUCUUAAAUGUAGCAAGUUAAGAAAUUUCGUUUUUUUAAAAUAUAUUUAUUAUUUUAAAUGAACUGUUUGGUUUGAUCAAAGAAAUCUAACGUGUUCCAGAGAUCAACUAAUACUGUUUGGUUUGAUCAAAGAAAUCUAACGUGUCCCAGAGAUCAACUAAUACUGUUUGGUUUGAUCAAAGAACUCUAACGUGUCCCAGAGAUCAACUAAUACUGUUUGGUUUGAUCAAAGAACUCUAACGUGUCCCAGAGAUCAACUAAUACUGUUUGGUUUGAUCAAAGAAAUCUAAGGUGUUCCAGAGAUCAACUAAUACUGUUUGGUUUGAUCAAAGAAAUCUAACGUGUUCCAGAGAUCAACUAAUACUGUUUGGUGUUAUCAAAGAAAUCUAACGUGUUCCAGAGAUCAACUAAUACUGUUUGGUUUGAUCAAAGAAAUCUAACGUGUUCCAGAGAUCAACUAAUACUGUUUGGUUUGAUCAAAGAAAUCUAACGUGUCCCAGAGAUCAACUAAUACUGUUUGGUUUGAUCAAAGAAAUCUAACGUGUUCCAGAGAUCAACUAAUACUGUUUGGUUUGAUCAAAGAAAUCUAACGUGUCCCAGAGAUCAACUAAUACUGUUUGGUUUGAUCAAAGAACUCUAACGUGUCCCAGAGAUCAACUAAUACUGUUUGGUUUGAUCAAAGAACUCUAACGUGUCCCAGAGAUCAACUAAUACUGUUUGGUUUGAUCAAAGAAAUCUAACGUGUUCCAGAGAUCAACUAAUACUGUUUGGUUUGAUCAAAGAACUCUAACGUGUUCCAGAGAUCAACUAAUACUGUUUGGUUUGAUCAAAGAACUCUAACGUGUUCCAGAGGUCAACUAAUACUGUUUGGUUUGAUCAAAGAACUCUAACGUGUUCCAGAGAUCAACUAAUACUGUUUGGUUUGAUCAAAGAAAUCUAACGUGUCCCAGAGAUCAACUAAUACUGUUUGGUUUGAUCAAAGAAAUCUAACGUGUCCCAGAGAUCAACUAAUACUGUUUGGUUUGAUAAAAGAAAUCUAACGUGUUCCAGAGAUCAACUAAUACUGUUUGGUUUGAUCAAAGAAAUCUAACGUGUUCCAGAGAUCAACUAAUACUGUUUGGUUUGAUCAAAGAACUCUAACGUGUUCCAGAGAUCAACUAAUACUGUUUGGUUUGAUCAAAGAAAUCUAACGUAUUCCAGAGAUCAACUAAUACUGUUUGGUUUGAUCAAAGAAAUCUAACGUAUUCCAGAGAUCAACUAAUACUGUUUGGUUUGAUCAAAGAAAUCUAACGUAUUCCAGAGAUCAACUAAUACUGUUUGGUUUGAUCAAAGAAAUCUAACGUGUUCCAGAGAUCAACUAAUACUGUUUGGUUUGAUCAAAGAAAUCUAACGUGUCCCAGAGAUCAACUAAUACUGUUUGGUUUGAUCAAAGAAAUCUAACGUGUUCCAGAGAUCAACUAAUACUGUUUGGUUUGAUCAAAGAACUCUAACGUGUUCCAGAGAUCAACUAAUACUGUUUGGUUUGAUCAAAGAAAUCUAACGUGUCCCAGAGAUCAACUAAUACUGUUUGGUUUGAUCAAAGAAAUCUAAGGUGUUCCAGAGAUCAACUAAUACUGUUUGGUUUGAUCAAAGAAAUCUAACGUGUUCCAGAGAUCAACUAAUACUGUUUGGUGUUAUCAAAGAAAUCUAACGUGUUCCAGAGAUCAACUAAUACUGUUUGGUUUGAUCAAAGAAAUCUAACGUAUUCCAGAGAUCAACUAAUACUGUUUGGUUUGAUCAAAGAACUCUAACGUGUCCCAGAGAUCAACUAAUACUGUUUGGUUUGAUCAAAGAAAUCUAACGUGUCCCAGAGAUCAACUAAUACUGUUUGGUUUGAUCAAAGAAAUCUAACGUGUUCCAGAGAUCAACUAAUACUGUUUGGUUUGAUCAAAGAAAUCUAACGUGUUCCAGAGAUCAACUAAUACUGUUUGGUUUGAUCAAAGAAAUCUAACGUGUCCCAGAGAUCAACUAAUACUGUUUGGUUUGAUCAAAGAAAUCUAACGUGUUCCAGAGAUCAACUAAUACUGUUUGGUUUGAUCAAAGAAAUCUAACGUGUCCCAGAGAUCAACUAAUACUGUUUGGUUUGAUCAAAGAACUCUAACGUGUCCCAGAGAUCAACUAAUACUGUUUGGUUUGAUCAAAGAACUCUAACGUGUCCCAGAGAUCAACUAAUACUGUUUGGUUUGAUCAAAGAAAUCUAACGUGUCCCAGAGAUCAACUAAUACUGUUUGGUUUGAUCAAAGAAAUCUAACGUGUUCCAGAGAUCAACUAAUACUGUUUGGUUUGAUCAAAGAACUCUAACGUGUCCCAGAGAUCAACUAAUACUGUUUGGUUUGAUCAAAGAACUCUAACGUGUCCCAGAGAUCAACUAAUACUGUUUGGUUUGAUCAAAGAAAUCUAACGUGUUCCAGAGAUCAACUAAUACUGUUUGGUUUGAUCAAAGAAAUCUAACGUGUUCCAGAGAUCAACUAAUACUGUUUGGUUUGAUCAAAGAAAUCUAACGUAUUCCAGAGAUCAACUAAUACUGUUUGGUUUGAUCAAAGAACUCUAACGUGUCCCAGAGAUCAACUAAUACUGUUUGGUUUGAUCAAAGAAAUCUAACGUGUCCCAGAGAUCAACUAAUACUGUUUGGUUUGAUCAAAGAAAUCUAACGUGUUCCAGAGAUCAACUAAUACUUUUUGGUUUGAUCAAAGAAAUCUAACGUGUUCCAGAGAUCAACUAAUACUGUUUGGUUUGAUCAAAGAAAUCCAACGUGUCCCAGAGAUCAACUAAUACUGUUUGGUUUGAUCAAAGAAAUCUAACGUGUUCCAGAGAUCAACUAAUACUGUUUGGUUUGAUCAAAGAAAUCUAACGUGUCCCAGAGAUCAACUAAUACUGUUUGGUUUGAUCAAAGAAAUCUAACGUGUUCCAGAGAUCAACUAAUACUGUUUGGUUUGAUCAAAGAAAUCUAACGUGUUCCAGAGAUCAACUAAUACUGUUUGGUUUGAUCAAAGAAAUCUAACGUGUUCCAGAGAUCAACUAAUACUGUUUGGUUUGAUCAAAGAAAUCUAACGUGUUCCAGAGAUCAACUAAUACUGUUUGGUUUGAUCAAAGAAAUCUAACGUGUUCCAGAGAUCAACUAAUACUGUUUGGUUUGAUCAAAGAAAUCUAACGUGUUCCAGAGAUCAACUAAUACUGUUUGGUUUGAUCAAAGAAAUCUAACGUGUUCCAGAGAUCAACUAAUACUGUUUGGUUUGAUCAAAGAAAUCUAACGUGUUCCAGAGAUCAACUAAUACUGUUUGGUUUGAUCAAAGAAAUCUAACGUGUUCCAGAGAUCAACUAAUACUGUUUGGUUUGAUCAAAGAAAUCUAACGUGUUCCAGAGAUCAACUAAUACUGUUUGGUUUGAUCAAAGAAAUCUAACGUGUUCCAGAGAUCAACUAAUACUGUUUGGUUUGAUCAAAGAAAUCUAACGUGUUCCAGAGAUCAACUAAUACUGUUUGGUUUGAUCAAAGAACUCUAACGUGUCCCAGAGAUCAACUAAUACUGUUUGGUUUGAUCAAAGAACUCUAACGUGUUCCAGAGGUCAACUAAUACUGUUUGGUUUGAUCAAAGAACUCUAACGUGUUCCAGAGAUCAACUAAUACUGUUUGGUUUGAUCAAAGAAAUCUAACGUGUUCCAGAGAUCAACUAAUACUGUUUGGUUUGAUCAAAGAACUCUAACGUGUUCCAGAGAUCAACUAAUUUUUAAAGCAUACCGAGAUAAAUAGUAUUUCCAAUUCUUGAGAUAAACAGAAAUUCUUGGACACAUUGAAGUUUAAAGAAAAUAUAUAUUGCAGUUUAGAAGUGGGUCGAGAUAUCAACAGAAUUGUAAAAAUGCCUUAUAUAUGAUUUGACACUUUUUUUUCUGUUCGUUUACAGCCACCAGGAGCCACCCCAAAGGCUUCUCUGCUCUACUUGGUACGUGAUGAAACAUUUAUUUUAAAUAUAUUUACUGUAGAAAUUCGCGUUUACAAACUAAUGGGGAGCGGGUUUAUAUUAUGUAGCAGCUACCCGAUUGUGUCAGCUGAUUGGUGUAAAUGUGUCAGCUGAUUGGGGUAAAGGGUCAGCUGAUUGGGGUAAAGGGGCACUGGAUUGGUGGAAAGGUGUCAGCUGAUUAGUGUAAAGUGUUCAACUUAAAGGUGAUAAAACAAGUUAAAUUUCAUUUUUAAUGACAUCAGAUUUUAUCCAAACAUCAGUGCUUUCCAAACUGUGUAUUCUGGUAACACACUUUGUAAACAUGCACCAUUCCAUGCAUCAUCCAUGCCUCAUUCCAUGCACCAUUUCAUGCAUCAUUUAAUGCUCCAUUCAAUGCAUAAUUAUUCUAUGCACAAUUCCAUGCAUCAUUUCUCAACACAAUGAGUAGGUCUGACCAGUUUGCCGAGUGUAUAUGACCGUCAAUCCAACUAAUUUUACAAACACACUGGCCGAAACAUUAAGUUAAUGAAAUUUUAUUACUAAUGUAAAUUAGUACUCAGUAAACAUCCUUCUUUAUUAUUUUCUUCUGUAUUUUGAGUGACCACGAUCAAUGUAUCGAUCACUCUGCUAGUAUGUUUCUAGAGGGUUUCAAGUGGUAACUGUGCAUGGUUUUGAUGGGGAUCCUUCACGGCCUGCAAGGGCUAUUCAGCGAAGGUUUUAUGAACUGGGGGCUGGAGGACAGAAGGUAAUUGAUUGAAAUGUGUCAAGAAUAGUUGCUUCAACUGUUGCUUUUGGAAGCUUGUUCCAGUCCCGAAUGCCUUGGCUGAAGUAAGGACUUUCUGUACGGAGUUCUUGUUUUAAUGGACCAUAACUGUCUCUCAUGGCCUCGUCAUGUUUUGGGGAAGAGGGACGAGUUUCUGUUUAAUGUUGGAGCAGUGGACCAGCCCAUUUUUAUCAUGUAUAUCAUGGAGUUUCUCGAUAGUCGUCGUUGUGCCUCCAGUGGUGACCAGCCCAGUGUUUCCAGCAUGCCGCCAUCGCGUGAGGUUUUCCUGUAGCUGUUCGGGACAAGGCGUGCUGCCCGUCGAUGGACCGCCUCCAACCUGUCGAUGCUCUUCUAGGUGAAUGGGUCCCAGACUAAAGAUGAAUCCUCUAAAGGCGGCUGGACAAAGGCUUUAAGGCAUUUUAUUUUAUGCUGGGGUUGCCGAUCUUAAAAUCUUGCCUUAGGAACCCCGGGGUCUUGUUUGCCCAGUUGCACAUGUUGUUAAUGUGCUCGCCCCAGCGGACCUCUCUUUGAAUGGUAACACCCAUGUACUUUACGGAGGAAACUGGCUCAAGUAUAUGGUGGUGCAGUUGGUAUUGGUAGUGUAGAGGAGUACAGCAUCUAGAGACUGAUAGUGUUUGGCACUUGGCAGGGUGAAAAUCCAUGGCCCAGCCCAUCUACCUAUCAGCUAACCGAUUGAGAUCAUGUUGUAGCUGGUCCGGGUCAGAUCUGUUGGCGAUCGUCCUAUACACCACUGUGUCAUCUGCGAACAGUCUUGCUUGUGAUGUCAGUUUCUCGGGUAGGUCAUUCAUGUACGCUAGGAACAAACAGGGGCCUAGCAAUAAUCCCUGGGGGACCCCUGACUUCACACCGACAAAGGAGGAGCUUGUACCAUCCACCACUACUGCUUGGUAUCGGAGGCUGAGGAAGCUAGAGAUCCUUGUUUUAGUGCUGCUUUGGAUCCCAUAUCUCUGAAUUUUGUGUAGAAGCAAACUAUGAUUGAUACUGUCAAAUGCCUUGAAGAAGUCCAUCGCCAGCACGUAAUUUUGCUUGUGGUUCACCAGAUUGGUCAUCAAGUUUUACAAAUUCAGGGAGCUGUGUCACAAUUGAUCUAUUGACUCGGAAGCCAUUGAGUAUAUUUUGGCUUUCAAGAUGUUUCAUGACUGUGCUUAGGAUUAUGUGCUCCAAGAUUUAUCAGACGAUAGGUGGCAGGGUCAGAAUGCUCCCUUUUCUUGUAGAUUGGAUGGAUAUGCGCUUUUGUCCAGUCUGCUGGAAUAUUUCCUGUGCACAGUGGUGAUUGGAAGAGGAUUGUCAGUGCAGGAGCGAUUUUUUUAACUGAUUCUUUGAGCACUCGUGGGUUGAUGUUGUCAGGACCACAUGCUUUGUAGGGGUUAAUGGUUUUGAGGAGGGCAAGCACGCCUUGCUCUUAUACCUGGAAAUCUUGCAUGACAGGGUAGGCUCUGUUCAUCACUUUGGUCUUCAGGAGGAACUCUGCGAGUACGCCUCCGAGUACUAUCUACCGUCACCGAAGACUUACUGGAACUUCUAAUUGCGUAUGUCAGCCUGUGCUUUUGGCUCGGAUGUAAAAUGGCUAACCUACAUCAGGGGGGAGACUCCAGCGUUUAAGGACGUUUGGUACUUCACAUAGCUUUAGAAGGGCUUGUUCUUGACACCCUUUGUUGGGUUGUCUUCCUCUGAGAAGAUGCCGUUCAGGUAGUUCCAAUAACAUCUGGGGAAUAAACGUUCGGCUGAGCCUCAGUACCUCCUCUCUCAGUUCAAUCGAGCCAUUCCUCUUCAUGCGUUUGUACUGGCGGUCUCCUCUCCUGUGGAUGAGCCUACGGAUUUCAGCCGUGACCCAUGGCUGAUUUAUCUCAGGUUUGGUGGUCUUGUGUGGUAUGAAUUGAUUCACUGCAUCAGUGAUUGUUGUCUUAAACUUCACCCACAGCUCUUCUGUUAUCACUGUACCCUGAAUCUCCUGCAUGUUUGAGCUCAGCUCUUUCGUUGCACUCCUCAGGCCAUCCCAGUCUGCCUUGGCAUAAAUUGGGAUUUCUCGAAUAAUCUGUUUCUUUUUUAGUGUGUUGACAUGAAAUUCACAAUAUGGUAUGCUAUGGUCUUAUAUCCCGGGGAUGACCUUAAAUUUUGAGGUAAGAUGAGGACAGUUGGUGAGGAGUAGGUCAAGAGUGUUUCCCCCUCGUGUGUUAUGGUUGUUAAUCAUCACAUUUAGCAAGCACACAUAUCUCUUGGAAUACAUUUCAAACUAUUACUAUUUAAUGUUCCAUUUAGAAAAUUCAUAUUUGUUACCGAACCUCAUAAGACACAUUUGAUCUUCCACAGUAGGUGAUACACACUCCUUGCGUGUCAGUGGUUUUAUUUGAUCUGAAUGUUGAAAAAUAUAUACAAGAUAUCUUAAACUAGAUCACACCUUUCAUGUUGAUUGGUUUCCUUCCAACGACGUGAGCACACUUUCCUUGAAUACGUUAACAUUGCCAGCACACAGCUCGUCGGAGCCAACAAUUUCAUGUGUGUCGUAUCAGACUUUCAAACUUUUACCCAAUCUCUUGACACAUAUUGACAAAACAAUCUUAACUGAUGAGAUCUACUUUUAAUAUGGUAUUAUCAACUGCACUGCUUGAGACACCUCCUUUUGAUUUAUUUUACAUUUCAAAAUAGUUUGGAAUAUUUGUAUGGCUCAUUUUCACGUGACACAGCUACUCCUGCAAGCGACAUACAUGUACCUUGCAAGCGACGCCCUGUACCCUGAAAAGACACACCUGCGCCCUUCACGGACAUACCUCUUCACCUUGCAGGGACACACCUUCAUCCAACACCAUGUACAGAAAAAUCUACACCUUUCAUUGACAAACCUACAAUCUGCACGGACACACCUACAACCUGCACGGAAACACCUAUACCCUGCACGGACACACCUAUACCCUGCAUGGACACACCUAUAUCCUGCACGGACAAACCUACAAUCUGCACGGACACACCUAUACCCUGCACGGACACACCUAUACCCUGCACGGACACACCUAUACCCUGCACGCACACACCUAAAUCCUGCACGGACACACCUAUACCCUGCACGGACACACCUAUACCCUGCACGGACAAAACUAUACCCUGCAAGGAUACACCUACACCCUACAGGAACAUACCUAAAUCCUGCAGGGACAUACUAAUAAUAAUAAAGGUUAUUUUAAAAAUCAUGGUUCAUCCCCAAAGGCUCGAAGCGCGGUACAUAGUCAAGUAAAGGCCGGCAAAACAUACGGCCCGUGGGCUGCAUGUGGCCCGCAAGCACCCACUUUGCGGCCCGCAAUGUAUCGAAAAACUCGUUAUUCUUAUUAUUUUCUUGAAAGCUUUCCCCCUGACCUAUAUAUUGUGCCCGCACAAGUCCUGUCCUAUAUUCUUUUGCCCCGCACAAGUUUUUCAUAAUGCAUUACGGCCAACCUGGCAUUUUGAAUUGUGCAGGCCUGGUCUAGUAUAUUUAAAGGGAAAUGAAAUACAAAAUGUAACAUUGCAAAAACUGUAUACAAGAAUACCCAUUCUAAGUCUUUCAUACCUAACAACCAUAAACAACACAGGCCAAUACUAAUCCACAAGAUAAUAGCUAGAUAGACAACAUGAUCCCAGCAGAUGUUUGCGAAAUAGAUAUGUCUUCAAAUCAGUUUGGAAAGACUCCAGUGACUGGCUGUUUCUGAGAGCGACAGAAAGUGUGUUCCAAUACCUAAACCCUGCAAUGACACACCUAAACCUUGCAAGGACACACCUACACCUUGUACGGACACAGUUUGGAAAGAACUGCCAUAAAUAUCUGACUGACUUUAGAAAAGGACAAAGGUCACUUGAUGAUAGCAACCGUAUAAUCUGAUUUAAAAGGUUUUGUUUCGAGAGUAGAUAUGGGCGUUAUUUACAAGAAAAUGGAUUGUUUUCGUAGGUACAUGAACAGUCAUGUCAAUUAGUCUCCACAAUAUUACAUGGUCUAUGGUUUCGGGAACCUAUGGCUCGCGAGCUAGAUGUGGCUCUAUUGAUGGCUGCAUCAGGCUAGCAGAAAAAUGUUCGAUUUAAAAAAUAAAAAAAGUCGCAUUGAUUGUAAAAUAUACUCAGUAUUGAUUAGCUGCAGCAUAACAAUGUUAUUAAAAAGAAUUCAGAGACAUAAUUAUUGCAUUUUUGGUGUUGAAAUUACACAAAAUUACUUGAACUUUUAGUUAUAAACAUAAUGUAUGGCUCUCACAGAAUUACUUUUCAAAAUAAUUAUUGCUCUCUCGUUUGCCUAGUAUCCUCAAUUGUUUUUUUUUCUAUCCCAAAGGUACCGCCCUGUUAGGCACGGCUGUUGUUUGCCUAGUAUCAUCAAAUGGUUUUUUCUUCUAUCCCAAAGGUACCGCCCUGUUAGGCACGGCUGUCGUUUCCUAGUAUCAUCAAUUGUUUUUUCUUCUAUCCCAAAGGUACCGCCCUGUUAGGCAUGGCUGUCGUUUGCCUAGUAUCAUCAAUUGUUUUUUCUUCUAUCCCAAAGGUACCGCCCUGUUAGGCAUGGCCGUCGUUUGCCUAGUAUCAUCAAUUGGUUUUCCUUCUAUCCCAAAGGUACCGCCCUGUUUGGCACGGCUGUCGUUUGCCUAGUAUCAUCAAUUGUUUUUUCUUCUAUCCCAAAGGUACCGCCCUGUUAGGCACGGCUGUCGUUCGCCUAGUAUCAUCAUUAUUUUCCCAAGGUUAAUGUACUCAAGACGCCUGUCAAACGAAGACCACUGCAGCACUUAGGAUGUAACGUCUCAGUACAAGGAUGAAGUCCAUCGGGUCACACACACAAGUGUUGAGAGCCAUGCAACAAAUGAGUUACAAGAACAAUUGAAAACUUUGAAGUAACUGAUGAAGAAUUGGAUGAUGAAAUUCGGGAGCUUCCUUCAAAGACGAUAAUGAUAUAAUUAUCAUAUAUACCAACAACAACAGAUAGAAAAUAACAUAUCACAAAUAAGCCCUAGUUUGUCUACACCAAAUAAGACACAAUAAACAAUGUAGUAA